AUGUUUCUAACCAAGCUGCAAAAUGAUAGUGGUGAAGACCUGGGGAAAACGUCCUGCACAACUGAGAUCCAAGCUGCGUUUAUUCUUUCCUCCUUCUUGACCUUCUUCAGUGGACUCCUCAUCUUAUUCAUUUUCAGAAUAAUCUGGAAGAUCAUAAAAAAAUGGCAAAACAUCAAGGGAACAGGAAUUCUUUUGGAACUAAUCUUGUCCAAGAAAAUCAAUUUGAAUCAGUCAAGAAAUCUCUACCUCCAUGGAGUAUUUCGUGACCGUAUAGAAAUGUUGCUUUCGGCACAGACUGUUGUGGGGCAGGUGUUGAUGAUCCUUGUCUUUGUACUAAGCAUCGGGUCUCUUAUAAUCUAUUUCAUCAACUCUACUGACCCAGUUGGAAGCUGUUCUUCAUAUCAAGACAAAACCAUCCCUAUUGAUUUGACUUUCAAUGUUUUCUUUAGUUUCUAUUUUGGAUUAAGAUUUUUGGCAGCUGAUGACAAGAUCAAGUUCUGGAUGGAGAUGAAUUCAAUUGUAGACAUCUUUACCAUCCCACCAACCUUUAUUUCUUAUUAUUUGAAGAGUAAUUGGCUAGGUUUAAGGUUUUUAAGAGCGUUGCGGCUGCUAGAACUCCCUAAAAUCUUGCAAAUUCUGAGAGUCAUCAAGACCAGCAAUUCAGUGAAGUUUUCCAAACUGUUAUCAGUAGUUCUCAGUACUUGGUUCACAGCUGCAGGAUUCAUUCACCUGGUGGAAAAUUCUGGUGAUCCCUGGCUCAAAGGCAGAAAUUCACAGAAUAUAUCAUAUUUUGAGUCUAUUUACCUGGUCAUGGCAACAACAUCAACUGUUGGCUUUGGAGAUGUGGUGCCCAAGACAUCCCUAGGACGGACUUUCAUCAUGUUCUUCACCCUGGGGAGUUUGGUACUAUUUGCAAACUAUAUCCCUGAGAUGGUGGAACUUUUUGUUAACAAGAAGAAACACACCAGUUCCUAUGAAGUACUCAAAGGAAAGAAGUUCAUUGUGGUCUGUGGAAACAUCACAGUUGACAGUGUGACUGCCUUCCUAAGGAAUUUUCUUCGCCAUAAGUCAGGGGAAAUCAACACCGAGAUUGUUUUUCUGGGAGAGUCUCCUCCUUCUUUGGAAUUGGAAACCAUAUUUAAAUGCUACAUGGCCUACACAACUUUCGUUUUUGGAUCUGCACUGAAGUGGGAGGAUCUGAGGCGAGUUGCGGUGGACUCUGCAGAAGCAUGCCUGAUUAUAGCCAACCCUUUGUGCAGUGAUUCACAUGCUGAAGACACUUCAAACAUUAUGAGGGUGCUCUCUAUCAAGAACUAUAACCCUAACACCAGAGUCAUCAUACAGAUACUUCAAUCCCAUAACAAGGUUUUUCUGCCAAAGAUUCCCAGCUGGAACUGGGCUACUGGGGACAAUAUCAUCUGCUUUGCUGAAUUAAAGCUUGGAUUUAUUGCCCAAGGCUGUUUGGUGCCAGGCCUGUGCACUUUUCUCACAACUCUAUUCGUUGAGCAAAACAAAAAGGUUUCUCUUAAAAAGCCCUGGCAAAAAAAUUUUUUAAGCAGCCUGAAGAACAAAGUCCUGACUCAACGUCUCUCUGAUGACUUUGCUGGAAUGACUUUUCCUGAAGUUUCCCGGCUCUGUUUUGUGAAGAUGCACCUCAUGCUGAUAGCCAUCGAAUACAAAUCCAUGUUUUCCAGAGGAUUUUGUCUGAUACUAAAUCCAUCUGCAGAAGUAAAGCUACGUAAGAACACAUUAGGGUUCUUUAUUGCUGAAUCUAUAAAGGAAGUCAGAAGAGCCUUCCUUUACUGUGCCACCUGUCACGGUGAUGUGUAUACUCCUGAGCUAAUUGGACUAUGUAGCUGCAAAAGCAAGAGCUAUCAACAUUUCACAGAGACAACAGAAGUGCAAAAGAAAAGCACCAUGAGAGGAUUCCAUGAUACAGAAAGGCAUGAUUCUUUUCCAGGGGAACGGCCAAGCAUGAUUAGCAACUUGAGCGCUAAUACCAGGUCUUUUCUCUCUGAAGAUACCGACUGUUUUGAUAGCAGUGGCAUGUUUCACUGGUGUAAAGCAACCCCUUUGGACAACGUGAUUCUGAAACGAUCUGACAAGUCAAAACAUGAGUUUCGGAACCAUGUUGUAGCAUGUAUCUUCGGAGAUGCCCAGUCAACACUGAUGGGGCUUCGGAAUUUCGUAAUGCCCUUGAGAGCUAGCAACUAUACCCGGCAGGAGCUGAAGGACAUUGUGUUCAUCGGGUCUCUGGAUUACCUGCGGAGAGAAUGGCGAUUUCUCCGAAAUUUCCCCCAGAUAUACAUUCUGCCUGGAUCUGCACUCUAUUCUGGAGACCUCCGUGCAGUCAACAUAGAGGAAUGUUCCAUGUGCGCUGUAUUAUCCCCCCCAUCCAAGACAUCAAGCAGCCAGACACUGGUAGACACAGAGACCAUCAUGACCACCCUCAACCUAGGAUCACUGAGGAUAAGCUGCACUGCCCGGACACCGUCAGAGUCAGAGGGGAUGUCACAUUACUUUAGUGGAUGUUUUGGGCACUCAAAACACCGAAGAAUCCCCAUCCUCACUGAACUGAAAAAUCCUUCCAACAUCCACUUCAUUGAACAACUUAGUGGAAUGGAGGAGCACCUCCCGGGAACAAGACUGCAUCUCAGCACUUCCUUUUGCACAGGCACUGUCUUUUCUGGCAGUUUCUUGGAUUCCCUCCUGGCCACAGCCUUCUACAAUUAUCAUGUCCUGGAAUUUCUUCAGAUGCUGGUAACAGGAGGGAUAAGUUCUCAGAUGGAACAACAUUUGCGUAAGGAUAAGUUCCUUGGGCUGAUAGACAGCUCUACUACAAUUAUGUCUGGAAGAAGGCGGUGUAAGCUGGGGCUCCUGUCCUUAAACCAAACCAUUUUGUCAGACAUUCAACCAAAGAAGACCUUUGGGCAAGUUUUCUGUGGCUCAUUAGAUAAUUUUGGGAUCCUGUGCCUUGGCUUAUAUCGCAUGAUAGAUGAAGAGGAGCACAACCCGGAGCAUAAAAGGGGAGUAUGCGGAUUUGUGAUUACCCGGCCAGUCAAUGAUUUUAAGCUGCUGCCCUCAGAUCUUGUGUUUUGUGCCAUCCCUUUCGACAUUUCUUGCUACAAAAAAGACACUUCAUGUCAAGGUCCAUAUGAAACUGUAAAUAUAACGUCACCAAUAUCAGAGGUACCUCCAGACAUAAAUUACUCUUCCACAGUUGGCCCAUUUGACCUGAAGACACCACAACUAUCAAAUAUAUCAGUACAUACUUUGGAGUCAAAACGUUUGUCUGUUAGUGAUUCUAAGAGAACUGUUUUGACUCAGAAUGGUAAACCAUCACCCCAGACACAUCCAGAUGAAACCGUGGAAAAAAAUGGAAAAGAAAACAUGAUGGAGACCAUAGAGGAGAUCACUGAAUAG